AGUCUACAAGAUUGAGAUCUCUAGUUAAAGGUUGGUUACCGGUGGUUCAGGCUAAUACCAGACGGAGAGGCAAACGGUCUUGUUGAGUUGUACAGCUGUUUAUCAUUAUUGUUCUAAUCCGGCUGACGGCGGCUGUGACGGUAUUUCUUUUGCAAUAGUCAAAGUUGUAACACGUUGGAAGAUCCUGGUGGUUUUGCUCUCAGAUGAAAUUGGAGUUUUCCACAGUAAUGACAAUGGGCGGGGACUGGGCUCCGAUUGGCUGCAGCAGGCUGAUCCUAAUUUUCCUCUUCCGCAUACUUGCUGACCGGACGUGGAUACCAUUUGCUACUGCCCAGGCGAUUCCCACUGUUUGGGGAAGAGACUGCACCCACAUCGGGAUGCUCUACCCUGGAACCCCCAGCGGCGUGUACACCAUCAAACCCGUGGGAGUCGGAAAUCCUUUUCAGGUUUACUGUGAGAUGCGGCCUGACGGGGGCUGGACCGUGUUCCAGAGGCGAACGGGGGGAGCCGUGUCCUUCAGGAAGAACUGGGCCGCCUACCAGUGUGGAUUCGGCGAUCUGCAGAGGGACCACUGGUUGGGGCUGCAGAAGCUGUGGGCCAUCACCAGGGUGCGGGGAAGCUGCUGGGUGCUGAGAGUGGAGCUGUGUGACUUUGAGGGGGGGUCGGCCUUUGCGGAGUACAAAGACUUCAAGCUGGGCGGGGAGAGACAGGCGUACAGGCUGACAGUGGGGGAGUACAACGGCACGGCAGGCGACGCCAUCCGUGGGAUCGACCCCGUCCACGGCGCCUUCCCGGGAAUCGACCAAAACGGCUACGGCUUCAGCUCCCUGGACCGGGACAACGACGGCUGCUCCCCGUGCAUCUUCGGCGACAUCGCCACGAACGACUGUAGCCGGGAGGAGGGGGAAGGGGGCUGGUGGUACAGCCGCUGCGGAUUGGCCAGUCUCCAUGGCGACUGGCACCCUGCACGCGACAACAAGGGCUGGGCGUCCGGCCUCCAUUGGCUCACCUGGAGGGGGCCCGCCACCUACUCCGCCCGCGCCACGGGCAUGAUGGUCAGGGCGCUAUAAGAGUGGAACGGUGAGCCCAGAUGGUCAUGUCGGAAGUUUCCUGCUACUGUACAUGCUACAUGCACAAAAGCUGUAAGAUGGCUUGGUGUCGAUUCCAUCAAAUUAAAAGUUCCCAUGCAGAACGGGCUUGUAUUGCCUCGAAGCUUUCUGUUUCUAAGAAAUAAAGUUACGUGUGAUCCUCAC